AGACAAACCGCGGAGCGGAGGGACUGCACUGCACUGCACACACCGCGCAGUCACCGGACUACACGGACUACAUCAUUCUAUUGGGCCCCAAUGAAGGACAAGGGCCCGCGUGGCCCCACCUCAGAGCACCUGUACCUGGAGCUCACCCACCACUCACAGGACCUCGUUCUGCCACUGCACACCUCUGUCGUUCUGUUUCUGCUGUCCUACUGUGACUGCACAGCUCUGAAGCUGGUCCUGGUGCCCGAGGGCGAUAUCGUGGACAGUCACCCGGGGAAGAGAGGGGUACCACAGAGCCUUGCCAUUGACAUCCUCUCCCACCAGGAGCUGCCUGCAGUAGUGCAGAGCUGCCGCUUACCUGCACUGGUAGAAAAGGGUGGAAAUUUCUGCCGAGCUGGGCUGGCUGUCACGCUCAGGCACAUUGUACAGGGGACCUGCAAUGCAGAUCCUAGCAGGAAAGACGUCGCUGAGUUGCUUGGCUUCAAGAAGACUUGCUUAAAGGCUUGUGCUGAGGUAAGCCACUGGACAAGGCUGUGCGAAAUCAGCAUCCCAUUAGCUGUGGAAGCUUUUCUCGAGACGUCUCCCGAUCAGCGGGCAGUCAUUCCACCCGAAAUCCUGCACCUGGAGCGAAAGCUUGGGGAACCAGUCCGCGUUCACAACGAUGACAAGAUCCGCAGGCAGAAGCUACUGCACUUGUCCAAGGCGAAAGGCACGCAGCCCACUGCAAGCACAUCUGAAGGCCCCCACAGAAGAUCCCCUGAAAGAAAGGCUGAUACAGACCCAGAUGUAGAAAAGAACCAGGGGAGCAAUGCGAGCAGCGUGGAGCUCAGCGCUGCACUCUCCAAACUCAGUGUGGAGCCGCUACCGUCCGUGACCACUAGGGAGCCCUCUUGCAUUAGGAAAGUGAAGACCGUUGAUCUGCCAGCACUGGAGCAUGUGUUUGCUGAAGGUCUUUUCUUCACACUCACAGACCUGGUCCUGCUGCCCUGUCUUCAUUAUUACUUUGUUGCUCUUGGAGAUCGUCGAGAUGAGGUCCUGUCUUCUCUGCCUUUGCUGUCCCAUUGGUACCAGCGAGUUCAGGAAAUACCUGGAGUGAAGAGAGCGGCAGCCAGCUGCGAGAUACACUUUCUCAACAUCCCGACGGGUCCUAUGUCGUCCUCGGGCGUACGGUUGCCAAGCUCCAGCGAUUCCAUGGACUGCGAGCCAGGGAGCGACGACCUCCAUUUCCGAGGUGGCCCGAGACCCACCAUGAGCAAACUAGAAGAGAAUGGGAUUUCAGCGAAGUUCACUCCACACCCAUGUCCCUCAUGGAGCUUGGACUGGAGCAGCCUGCCGGUAGCUGUCAAUCCCACUGAAGGAAAGCUCCCCUGUGAGCGUGCCGUAAGGAAGCAGCAACAGUUGAACAGCCUGGUUUCUGUCGUGACAAGCCUAGCUAGGCCUGGUGACACUAUUGUUGAUUUCUGUAGCGGUGGGGGGCAUGUCGCAAUUGUCUUGGCUCAUACCCUACCAUCAUGUCAGAUAGUUCUGGUGGAAAACAAAGAGGAAUCCUUAUUGCGUGCCAAGGACAGAUGUGAGGAUCUCAGAUUGAACAACAUCUGGUUCAUCCAGGCUAACCUGGAUUCCUUCAAAGGACUAUUUAAGAUCGGGGUGGGGCUUCAUGCGUGCGGAGUAGCGACCGACAUGGUGAUUGAUCGCUGUAUCAAGGCCCGGGCAUCUUUUGUUAUCUGCCCGUGUUGUUACGGUUUCAUACAGAAUACGGUCAAGUUCACUUUCCCAAGAAGCCAAAAGUUCAAGGAUAUUUUGUCGUAUAAGGAACACAUGGUUCUUUCCAGGUUUGCGGAUCAGACAGCUGUUCAGCUCCCAGGAGAGCGUCGGAUAAUAGGAAAGAACUGCAUGGGGCUGGUAGAUCUGGAUCGAGCCUGGGCUGCAGAGGAACAUGACUACAAGGUCUUUGUGACGUCUAUGGAGCCAGAGAGCUGUUCACCAAAAAACAACUUGAUAGUGGGACGUUCCCCAAGCCAUGACUUCAAACCAAAUGCAGUGACACAAACCCAGUGAUCAAAGCCCUGGUGAGGACAGCUAGAGGAACAAGCUGUUCCAUGGCCUGGUGCCUGUCAAGCAGCCAUCAAGACAGCUUUAACCUUUGUUUUGCGAAGAGGGCAGCAGCACGAAGAGGCUUUGUUUCAUAGACAAUAGGCAGAGCGUCCCUAAUCCCACUACUGCUUGUGACAAAUGACUUCUUCUUACACCCUGGUGUGAGAAUGGAUCGAGACCCACAUAGUGAGUUUGAGUGAGGCGGUGGGAAGGAUCAGCUCAUUGGAAACACAGCAAGCCUGUUUUGCUGUCACUGACAUUCAUCUCAUUUUAACAUAUCUGAGCUCUAGUCGACAUUCUACAUUUUUAAACUGCUUUUCUGCUGAAUGAUGUUUUACCUACAAAUUGUCAGAAUCAUUUUUUUACUGUUGGAUAGCUAUGACAAGAAAGUUUGAAUGUCUUUUGUAAAUAAAUCAAUUCAAAUUGUAAAGUUAGUUUUAGGGCAUUCAUGCAUGCAAAAUCGCAUUUCAGCUCCCAAAAGU